AUGACGUCAGUCAGUGUGUGCCCCAACACCCUUCCGACCGCUUUUCGAAACAGUCAGACACAUAAACCUCGAAUCGCAUAAACAACCCACCGAUAAACAUUGGUGCAAAUGAAAGAACGGCAUCGAAACGUGGACGGAAUUGGAAAUACCAGUGUUGCUAAAAUUCGAAACGAAAUUCAUGAAUCCUCAAGUGUUGUACGAAAAGUUUUGGCCUGUUAUGGAAUGGCAGUGGUAAUAUCUGCAGACGAUGGAAUCACCGAAUGAUUCAUUUAGCCCACUCACUAAACCUGAUAUUCCUUAUAUUGAUGGAGAAAUGGAAAAUGAGAAUAUCAAUCAAAGCGACAAUGGCGCAAACACCAAUACUAAUGGAGCCAGAGGUGCCACUGGUACAUCGAGUCAUACAAGCCCUGGAGUUCUCUCUUUGUUCGGAAGAUAUUCUUUCCCCUUUUUACUGGCCAGUUCCGUUGUGAAGCUGUCCAUCUACCUCAAUAAACUGUACCAAGACAGUGCGGCCGUGGGGAAAUAUUUCAGCGACAGAGACAUCAACUACUGCAUUGUGUCUGCAUUUUGUCUGUUUUUGCCAGCCGUCCUCUACAUCAUUUACAUAGUCGGGGCAUACAUAAAAGAUCAGGAGGAAGCCGAAUCGAAGGAAGUUGGCACCAAAGUUGUUCACGGGCUGCUUUUAGUGCCAUGGCAAAUAAAGGGUCGCGUGGAAGUGUUACAAUUUUCUGCUCAGCGUGUUUGUCAAAAGAGACCUUUGACCCCGGAUGAACUGGAAGAGAAAUCCUUAUUGGAAAGACAAGCUCAAGCGCUGGAGUUUUUCGAGGAAUUCUAUGCGGGUCUCAUACAAAUACUACUGCAGCUGUAUAUUAUCAUCACCUCACUAGAUGGCAACACAGAAUAUAAAGCGUUAACUGGGGAGAUCAUCGCAUCGGGACUCACCCUUAUGUCCAUGAUGACUGCAGUUAAACGCAGGGAUGACGGAAUUCUGACUGGUUUUCUCUCCAUAACUGGAUGGAUGUCCAUCAUGAUUUCCCGAUCUGUCUCCAUUGCCCUAGCCACCACCGUCAUCCAGAGCUGGAUGGUCAUCGUCUGUCUCCUCCAUGCCGUUUUUAUAUCCUUCUGGAUUACUUUCAUCGCUGUAAGGACCUACUAUGAAGAAUCUCCUACAAUCAGAUUUACUAAAAAAAGGAAACUCGCCUUAUUUUUCGUCAUCUUUGCCGUUUUUGGGCUGCCGUCCCUCACAUACUGGCCCAUAAUGUUCGAGUUAAAGAAAAAUAAGAGACCUCUGAUAUUCCUGUUCAUACUAUUGGUGGAGAACAUUCUUUUCAUUGGUCUUUGGGGGGUUUACAAAGAGCAGACAGCAUUUGCCAAACAUGACCAUGUUCUGGUAUUUCUGGCUGGUGGACUGUUUAUUAUAGGAGCUUUAUUCAUUCUAUUUUAUAUAUGUUGCAAACCUAAAUACACUGACCAAGUAGUUUACCAUGAUAUGAAAGUUUGCAAUGCUGACUCAUUUGGCAUGUAUUUUGACUUCUGCGAUGUAGCUUUCAAACUGACCAGGAAACAAGAAAUCGAAACAAGGCUGAAAGAAGUUAGAGAACACAGGAUAAUACCUCGGUGAUAUGAAAUAAACUGGUUUGGUCAUUUUGAAGAAAAUACUGAUAUGGGAAAUUACCUUUUUGCAAUUUAGGGAACUGUAGUCCAUCCAUUGCAAGAACCAUUAUUAAUACAAAGAUUUUGUAUAUGCAGUUGUUUUCAUAAACAGGCAUUGUGCCAAUUCGUUCAGAAGAUAUAUGGCAAAAGUGUCACUGCCAUUUUAUUGAUAAUGUUUUCAAUAAGUAUGAAGGAACUUUUGAAAAACAGUUACAGAAAGUUAACUAAACUUCUACAGAGAAAAAGAUUAUUUUAUAAUCUAAGACAAUUCUCAAACAAAGAAUUAUUUUACAAUAACACUAUUAAAAUUGAAAAUAUAAAUGUUUAAUCUUUUUUGUAUAAAAAGAAUAAAUAUUAUAUGUUGUA